AUGGUUCAACAGAAUGGAUUGGCUCUACAAUUCGCACCUUUUAAUUUUACAAAAGACAGAGAAAUUGUUUUAGCUGUCAAACAAAAUGCAACAGCAUUAAAUUGGGCUGACGAACAUUUGAAAUUAGACAAGGAAAUUUUGUUAGAAGCAAUCAAACAAAAUAAGAAGGAAGCUCUACGCUGUAUUUAUAGUUUUUUAGAAUCAGAUAAGGAAAUUGUAUUGGAAGCAAUCAAACAAAAUAAGAAAGCUCUUCAAUUCGUUCUAAAACAAUUAUUGUCAGAUUCUGGAUUCAUGUUGAAAAUUUUGAAAUUAAUAUUUCCAGAAUUUUCUCAUUGCACCUCUUUUGAUUUUUCACAAAAAGAAAUCAUGAUGAAACUUGUUGGAGAAUAUGGGAGGACACUUGAAUUUGCAAGUGAUGAACUCAAGAAUGAUCGAGAAAUUGUUUUGAAUGCAGUCAAAAAUGAUGGUUUGUCACUUGAAUUUUCAUCUGAUGAUUUGAAGAAUGAUCGAGAAAUUGCAUUGAUGGCUGUUCAACAGUGUGGCUAUGCAUUGAAAUAUGUCUCUUCUGUGUUGAAGAGAGACAAAGAACUUGUGUUAAAUGCUAUCAAUCAACAUGGAUCUUCUCUUCAAUAUGCCUCUGAUGAAUUGAAGAAUGAUAAGGAAGUGGUAUUGACAGCUGUAAGACGAUAUGGUUAUUCUCUCGAGUACGCAAGUGAAAUGAUGAAAGGUGACCAAGAAAUGGUAUUAGAAGCGAUCAGACAUGGUGUUUCAUUGUAUUCCAUAUCUCAAGACCUUUUGAAUGACAAACAAUUCUUGUUAGAAGUUGUGAAAUGCGGAAAAUGUGGCCUUCUCAUCUAUAUUCCAAAACAAAUUGCACUUGACAAAGAAUUUAUUUUGCAGGCUGUCAAACUCAAUUAUAUUCCCAUUGUUGUAUCCUAUAGAAAGACUCUUUUUGAAUUUCAAUCCGACAAGGAAGUCAUGUUUGAAGCAGUGAAGAAUAAUGGAUUGGCAUUAUUAUACACACAUUACAGUUUGCAGCAAGAACUUGAGAUGGAAGCUCUUAAAUGCAAUGGUUAUAGUGAUGAAUUAUAUCGAGCGAGAAUGCACUAUUGUUAUCAUGAUGCUUAUUUGGGCUUAACAGAACCAGGCUUAGAUGACUCCUUUUAUUUGAGAUUGUUGUAA